AUGGCCUCUUCAACGAUGACAGAAGUCAAAUAUAACGGACAUGCGAUAACCCGGAUUACGGGUGAUGUUGAUGGCAACAGAUUUGGCGGUUCUACAAGCACCACUGGCCGGGUCACGCAAGAGACCAUCCCCGACGAGAUAUCGGACCCCGCCCGCUUGCCUGGAGAAGCUGAGUACCUGACCAGCGCGAAGUUCUGGCUCCUCAUACUUACCCUGGCUGCGGUCCUUGUCCUUAGCAGCAUAGACAUGAAUAUCGUCGCCACGGCCGUGCCUAGCAUUACAGACUACUUCCACACCGUCGCGGAUGUUGGCUGGUAUUCUUCCGCGUUCAGGCUCUGCCAGUGCGCCUCCCAGUUUGUGUUCGGCAAGGCGUACAAGCUCUUCUCUAUCAAGCGCGUCUUCUUGCUUGCCAAUGCCAUCUCUAUAGUAGGCUCGUUGCUCUGCGGGGCGGCCACUACGUCGACCAUGCUUAUCGUUGGGAGAGCUGUAGCCGGACUGGGCUCUGCUGGUCUUCUUUCAGGGUGCUUCGUCAUCCUCGUGCAAUCGACACCUCUACGCAGACGGCCUAUGUUCAACGGCAUGAUGGGCGCCGUCGAAGGCCUGGCUACGCUAUCCGCACCUCUCCUCGGUGGGGCCCUUGUGCAGUCACUUGGCUGGCGAUGGUGUUUUUACAUCAACGCGCCUAUCGGUGCCGUUACGCUGUUGUUGACGAUGUGCUGUUUCUCGGAUACGCCGAAACCUAGCGACGUUGCUCGCAUGGUACUCAAGCAGAAGAUCUCGCAACUCGACCUGGUUAGCAACCUGCUCUUUAUCCCGGCGCUGACUGGCCUCUUCCUCGCAUUCUCGUGGGCCGGUACUAAGUAUUCCUGGGACAGUGGCCCAGUGAUCGGCCUUUUUGUUGCCUUUGCCGUCCUUAUAUCCGCCUUCGUCUACAAUCAAAUACGUCGAGGAGACACGGCUGCACUCCCUUCACGCAUUAUCAAGCGCCGCAGCGUUAUCGCCGGAUGCAUUUUCAUUAUGUGCGGUAACAGCACUGACAACGUGCUUGAAUAUUAUCUGCCUACUUAUUACCAAGUCGUUCGUGGAUAUACUCCCGCCAAAAGCGGCUACAUGAUGCUCCCUAUUAUCGUAGCUGGCACUAUUGGCGCGCUCGUCCACGGCUUCGGGACGAGCGCCUUCGGCUACUACGCGCCAUUUAUGCUCUUUGCCUCGAUUAUAAUGCCCAUUGCCGCGGGUCUUAUAACCACCUUCAAAAUCAACACUAGCUUUGCGCAACUGAUUAUAUACACCGCCUUCUCCGGCCUUGCCUACGGCAUCGGCUUCUCAGGACCGCAGAACGCCGUACAAACGGUGCUACCCGCGGAUGACGUCCCACUCGGCACAUCUGUUAUGUUGUUUGCACAGUCUUUCGGCCCGACUGUGGCGGUCGCAAUUGCACAGGUCCUGUUCGUAAAUCAGCUCUCGACUAAUCUAAGUGGUCUCGUGCCGCGCCUGAGUAGAACAAAUGUCGAGAACAUAGGCCUGACGCAGAUUGUGACAAGCGUGCCGCCCGCAAAGUCUAGCGAGGUACUUGUAGCGAUCGAUAAAAGUCUCAUCCAGACAUGGUAUCUUGUGGUUGGGCUAGCGUGUGCGACGAUGGUUGGGAGUUUGUUGAUAGAAUGGCGGUCGGUCAGGUCGAGACGCGAUUAG